GAUGUAUGGUGGGGAGUGGGUCCGUGGUCUGAAAUCGUUCUGAUCGACGUUCACUGCUAUGUCCACCCGGACUGUUGUCCGACUCUACUGCAACUGUUACCAGGUUACUUGUUACUGUUAGUGUGUUGGUGAGUUUAUCGAACUAGCUUGGCUACCGUGUGAGUCGGCCCUGACUGCACGAACUCCCACACAGUUAGCUACGAUACAGAGGUGGUGCCAAAAGAAGCGAGCACGCCUCGAAAUGGAGGAGGUGCGCAAGGAAAUCCUCCAGUGGUACGAGAUCCUGGCACUACAGUUCCGCGAGAAGGAACUGCAGCGCGUUCUUCAUGCCGAUGUAAUGCUGGUCUUCGAUCACCUGGUCAAUGCUGGUGUGUUCGAAGGCACUCGUGAGUACGUGGAAAUCAAACAACAUUCGACCCAGUAUCAGCAGGUCAGCGAGAUUCUCAGACUACUUGUUGCCAAGAAGACCAGCGAUAGUUUCCAGUCGGAAAACGUUUUCGAUGCGUUCUGCAAGGCAGUGCUGGCCGUGGAGCAGCCAGCAAUGGCCGAAAUGCUGCAGAAAGAGCGUGAGCGCUGCAUAGCAGAGGAAUGUGAAGAAACGGCUAGUAAGUGCGAUCUAGCCCGGCCUCGUAUACCAUAUACUGCCGCAAUGGCCUGGAUAGAGAAUGCGAUUCUGAAAGGCAGAUACCACGGUGAUAAAAGCCCCAUUGAGCGUUAUAAAAUACACUUGAAGAAGCAGUGCGAAGUGCAAUCACGGCACGCAAGCAUGGCACCUACACAAGAAAGUGUGGAGGACACAUUUGUAUCGAUGACGGCGAUGACUGAACGCGAAGCACUGCGUCUGUCUGUUCAGCGAAGCAAGGGCAACAGAGCACAGCCCGGUCCCUCAGCAUCAGAAUUCCUUGCCGACCUUGCGGAUGACAGCAAAUGCAGUUUUGAACUCCACAAUCCAUUGCAGCUACUGAUGAAAGAUCCCAAAUCCGACGCACAACCGGCGCGCAGUGCAAGUAGUAAUAGCAGAGGUGCGUCGUCGUCUGGCCAGAAAGUGAAGUUGUUGAAGCGUUGCAUGUUGAUGUCUGGUGCUGGUAAAGGCAAGACAAUGGCAUAUCGACGUGUGAUGGCCGACUAUUCAGGCGAUGAACAUGCACCUGGUCUAAUGCAAGAGCACUUUGACUUUGUCAUUCCAAUCUCGUGCCGAGAUACGGACCGUGUUAGCACCAGUGAGUGGACAGAGUUUCUGGGGUUGGAUCACCACGCCCUGGACAUAACUUCGGACGAGCGAGAAGAGGUUUUGCGAUAUUUGUCAGCGAACUCUGAACGUGUUCUCCUGCUUCUAGAUGGCGUGGAUGAAGGCGGGAAGGAUGCAUUCCAGUACACAUCAGCAGCCUGCCAAUUCAUGGACGAGACUAAGAAAAAUCGGCUGGUGAAUGCGUCCGUGGUUGUCACUAGCCGGCCCUGCAACAAGGCCACUGAUCUGGUACGACAAUGUGCAGCCUACUACCGGCUGACUGGCUUCACCGAUGCACAAUUACGGGACUUCUGCUGCCAACAGUUGGGUGGCGCGGAGAGUGCUGAAAAGUGCUUGGCUGAGUUAGCGCAGGCAUCUCGCAAGCACCUGAAGCAUGCCGUGCAGACUACACCACUGCUGGCCGCUCUCCUUUGCCAAGAGUUUGCCGUAUCCGAGGCUGUACCGCCGUGUACGACAUCAUUCUACGUGCAGUUCAUGUGUUCAGCUGUUGCAGAGCUGGAGAGGAAGCGGGGAAAACAGUUCAGCAAAGUGACACUCAGCCAGACUCCAACCAGUGGUCAUACGUACAGUGGGGGAUUCCAGGCCGGAGAUCAAUUAUCAGUGCAUGAUGUCAUUACCAACGGCCUGGAGCAUCACGUUCAGCAAGGGCCUGCUGGUUCCCUAUGUGAUGGCGCAGAGUUGGUGCAAGCAUUGUGCCAUCUGUAUCGUUUGUCCAUGGAACGCUUGCUUUUGGGCCGCGCCUGGUUUUCAUCCUCAGAAAUGCAGGAUGACUGUUUGACACUGUGUAAGCAACUAGGAUUCCUCGUCCCUGUGGACAACCAGUCAUCAGCCAGUGGCAGUGCUGGGCGACGUGUUGCCUUUCUUCACCUUACCAUACAAGAGUUCUGUGCAGCACGUAGUUUCGUAAUGCAGCAGUCCUUCGUCUCGAACAUUUCACAAUACAUCUCGGAAAUUGGUGUAGGCGAGGAAACGCAGCCAUUCUGGCGUUUUGUUGCGGGCUCUAUUCACACUAAGCUCCUGCCUGACUUGUUUAAAGUCAUGCUGGCUAAAUCAACACACAAGUCAGCGCUCCAGCAACGCCGCUUCAUCUUGUUCUUGAUGUCGUGUUUACUGGAGUGCAGUCUUUCAUACAACAGCUCCCCCGUCUUGUCUUCCAGUGACGAUCAGUGUAAAGAUCUCGUCCGCUCCGCCGUAAUACUACUGCAAACAUCACAUGGAGUUAACUUGUCAGGCAUACAUCUGAACGAUAGUGACAUAUCAGCUUUGUGCAAUGUGUUGAGUCUGUUUGAGCGAGUACACCUUGUAAACAUCAGUAACUGCAACCUCUCUAGAGAUCAGAUCACGGAGAUAGCGCCUUACCUGAGACAAUGCGUUGAUGUGAACCUACAUGGGAACAACCUGAGCGGAGCGUCACUGGAAGUUUUCGCUGCAGCGCUAUCCCAUUCUCAACAUAUGCAGCGUGAUUGCACCAUUGCAAAACUGCACAUUUCAGGUGCAUGUUUAACGGAGCAAGACGCGGGGUCCUUGUCUAAGCUGCUUCACUUGCCCCAUCUCCGCACUAUAAACGUAUCGGCCAAUGACUUGGGAAACGCUUCGCUGGAACUACUCCAAACAAAAAUUACAACACCUUUCCUGAGCAUGUCUAACUUGUGUGCGGAGGAGAUUGGUUUGUUCACGGGAUGUGGUACAGCCCUUUCGUCACUGAUACUGUCCAUGCCAAAUUUGACUAUCCUGAGUCUGGCCUGCAAUGACCUCAAGGACGAGGACGCCGCCUGCAUACUGUCAGCCCUACAGCACAAUCAUAGUAUACAGGGUAUCCACCUUGGGAGUAACCUACUCACCAAUGGCAUUGCUUCGCAUAUAGAUAACUUCUUGAAGGCAAGGCGUGUUCACACCAACACCGCAUCAGCAGACAAGGCACAGGCACGGCCCAACAAAUUGCAGCAACCAUGCUGCAUGAAUCUUACUGGAAAUGAUGUGGACGCGUCUCUGCUGAAGGCACUGGAGAAGGCUGGACACUGCGGCGAUGAUAAGAUAGUUAUAGCCGAUUGGUCUAUCACUUCUGGGCGUACUUGCCAGAGGGAUGUGAAGGACAUCGUUGCGCAAUAUGGAGGCAACCUCAAGGCCGAAGUAUCAAACUUAACUAUGGAGAGCCUUGGAAAAUUCAUUGCCGGUGACAGCAGUAUCAGGACACUUGACCUGUCUAGCAAUGCUAUUAAAGAUGACGGUGUCCAGGCAUUGGCAAGGCAGGGACUCCAGUUCAACUCAACUUUACACUCUGUAGACUUCUAUCGGAAUAGUAUAAGCAUUAGUGGAGCGGCGGCGAUAGUGGCUUCAUCUACACAAGGUAAAUUGCAGCUCCUGUCGUUGACUAAGAAUCCUGUCUUCAAGGAUGGAGUAACUGAUGUGGACUCCACCAGGACUUUCAUGUCAUCAUUGCCGCUUUGCUGUGACCUCCAGUAUGUUAGCAUGGGCGACACAGGAAUGACGGAUGCCAUCGCAGAGGAUCUACUCACAGCCCUGACUGGUCACGAGAAUCUGCAAGUUUUGUUCCUGGAUCGCAACGAGCUGGGUGACAACACAGUGAAAAAGCUAGUUGACAUGAAGCGGACAACCAGCUCAUUGAAGAUGGUGUCGUUGGUGAAAAACCAGAUAACAGGAGAUGGCAUCCGAUGCAUCUUGUCUUCAACCAAUAUGAUGUCCAUGGACCGCAUUUGGGUGGGUGGUAAUCUAAAAGAUAUUUCCGUUCCGCCACCGCUCACAAACCACAAAGAAACCCUGUCAUAUGAUUUUUUUGAGGCAUUUCUUUGGUGAGCAUGCUACCAGCCCACAGCAGUGAGGAUCACCACUGCCCAAAACACAGCCAGCUGAGAGUGGCAGAUUGGAGGACAGUGAUCACUUGAACCAUGUAGCUUGAAACGUUACACUGAUAGUUUUGCAGGAUAUACUUAAUUUACUUAUAGAAAAAGCAGUGUGGCCGAUGUGCUGUACAUCUAGUGAUGUAGCUGUUGCCGCUAGGUGACUUGUGUGGCCAGAAUGGUAUGGGUACAGUGAUACGGACAACACUGUAUUUUUGUAUUUUGCAAAAUUUAAUGUAUUUACAUGUAUUUGAGUUCAUUGUCUCAUCAGUAGGAAUUGCAACUAUCAAGACUAGAGAACAGUCAUGUAGAAUUAUGUGCAGUAGUGCAGCCAUACAGCACACCAAGUACCAACAAGAGUUCAUAACCCCAUGGACUCUUGCUACCAACAUACUAUAUAGUUACUGAAGUAGGAGGUAUUUAUCUUUAGUAAUGGACUUUUCGAAUGGCUGACUACCACACAUUAUGACUUCUUUGCUACGCUGUACUUUUGGCGGCUGCUUAUCCUUCCCAUUGGCAUGAAUUGUAGUGUUGGAAUAUUUAGUAUGUUCAAAGGCUUAUGUCGGCGUGUGGAAGGUGGACCACGGAACAGCUCUCCUGCCGGUUUCUGCAUUCUUAUCAGGGACUCGUGUAGGCCAGGACCGCCACAUCCUGGUUGUACGCACGACGUUCAUGUGUGCAUGUAGACCAAUGUCACCAUGGCUCCGUAGAACAAUAUGCACGGGCCAUUUAUAGGCAUUUGGCCAUCCAUCAGCAGUUACAUGUAAAACAUAGAACAUACUGCUCUCGUGUACCAAUACUAAAUUUUAUCAGCCAACAUGAAAGUGACACUUGCUCCAGGUAGUACUGCAGCGUUUGCACUAAGGCAUGACUGUGAUCCGUAUUUGUCUCGGUCGUUCUCUAAUAUCUCCUCCUCCCACUUUUGUGUGUGUGCAUGCAUGUUUCUUGC